AUGUCGCACUUUUUCCCCAGGGCCGAGUAUGCCGAAGACCAAUCCUUGGAACGAACUAUUCUCGCCACCCAUGUCCUCAGCCGCGGCUUCCAGCUGGGCACGGGAGUCGGCCUGCUUAGUAGUGGUGCUGAAGCUCUCACCAAACGUCGAUCCAUUACCACGCCCUUUCUUCUCCGCUCGGCGGGUGUAGGCGGGGCCAUAGGGGCCGGGGUUGUAGGAGUCGGCCUCAUCGCCCGUAUGUGGGGCCGAGACGAGAUCGAGUGGAAAGACCGGAGUUGGCGUUUGCGGUACAACUCAGUCCAGUUGGCUAUUGACAAUUGGAGUGAACCGGCAGCAGUUAUAGGGGCACUUACAGUGGCGUUACAGAGGCAAUCGGGUUCUAUGCUGGGGGGUUGGCGUGAACUCAUUGGCGGUGCUGGCAUUGGAUCGUUGAUUGGGGUCGUUGGGUGUAUGUGUGCUACACGUAUCCUCCCGUCACAGAACAGAUAA